AUGUGGCUGAUGGUGUGCCUGGUCAGCAUCGGGUUUACGAUGGUCAUGGGUGCGAUCGCAUGGACCCGGUUCCGCACAACGCCUACGAUAACGACCAUCGAAACGAUGACGUAUCCGAUCUGGAACAUCCACUUCCCGGGCGUGACGGUGUGCAACAUCAACAAGGUCGACAGCCGAAAGGCCAAAGUCAUCGUUGAUCGACUCGUCCAGGAGUUCGGUUUUAGUGAGGUCAACGCGACCGGUCUGCUUGUGGCUCAAGCCAGUCUGGUAAACUUUGAGCAAACAAAUUUGAGCUUUAUCGAGCUCGAGGGGGCUCUGGGUCAGAUGGGCUGGAACCCGAACACGCUGCUGCUCGAACUAAGCCAACCAUGCUCGGAGCUGAUCAAAGUUUGCUACUGGCUCGGCUCGGAGGUUCCCUGCGCGCAGGUGAUCCAUCGGACGAAAACCGAUAACGGAUUCUGCUGCUCGUACAACGUCGACCAGGCGAUGUACCCUGCGCAUCAGGGCCCGUACCGACCGCAACGGUUGUCCGGCGCCGGACGGCAUGUAGGACUGUCGCUUCUGAUCGAUGUAGAACCGGACACGUACAUGGCACCGACAAAGUCGUUCUACGGAGCCGAAAUCUAUGUGCACGACUCGAUGGAUUUCCCAUCCGAUGCGGACUUUGAGUAUGUGGCUCAGCCGGGCUGGGAUUUGGCGAUGUCCGUUAUACCGCUGCCUAUCGAGAGUAGCAGCACGAUGCGCCAGGUAUCGGAGGAGAUGCGCAAGUGUUUCCUACCGGAGGAAAGUUCUGAGAAGCCGCAUGCUGAGAUGAACCUGAACGUUUGCUUGGCUCAGUGUCGCCUACGGACGAUCCUCAAGCUGUGCAACUGCGUCCCAUUCUACUAUGCCGAUCUGAGUAUUCCCGAAGCAAGACAAAAGGAUUUGUGUGCCCUGAAGCAUGUGGCCUGUCUACGAUACUUUAGAAGAUAUUUUUACAGUCUACGCCCAGACUCACAGUCAGAAGCGGACCUUACGGACGUCGAGUUCGGCAUGGACUGUGAGUGCAUGCCACCUUGUUCUGUGCUGAACUACAACGUACAGACCAUCUCGAGUCAAAGGCUUUCGAAGGAAUUCGUGUCGUCGCAAUUCGGUGGAAGAAACGUCUCCAAGUACGCCACCCUCAACAUACACUUCAAGGACAUCUACUGCGUGAAGUACAAGCGUGACGCGUACAUGACGUGGGACUCGCUGGUGGCCACCUUCGGGGGGAUUUUCGGCCUGUGCAUGGGCGGCUCGGUGCUAAGCAUGGUUGAGAUGCUGUACUACUUCACCGUGAAGCCGUUCACCGCUUAUCGACGGGCGCAUCGUGAAAAGCGUUCCGGGAACCGCACCAGGAACAGUGUGCGGCGGCAUCCACCGAUCGCGGUCCUUCCAUACGAAGGUCAACGGUUUCCGGUGGGCUACUUCCUGCGACGGAACGUGCUCGCUCGGUCUAAGGACGUGGUGCAGCACAAGAUCAACCGUGGCCAGCUUAGCUGGUCGGUGGAGAAGCCCUCGAAGGAAAUGUCUCACGGCCUAUCUUUCAUUUAUUGA